AUGAACCAGGCCCCAGUUUCGUGUAUUCCUGCCGGGAAGAUGUCAAAAGCGAAGAAGGUCCUCGAUGAGGCUCGAGAAAUUCAAAAUCCUGAGCUGGAUUUGGCCGACAAGGGUAUCUCCACGUUCGAGGAGAUGCCCGGUUUACUGAACAUGCUGAAUAUCACUCGGUUGACAUUGAGUCAUAAUAAGAUUCAAGCUGUACCACCCGGUCUGGCAAAUUUAGUCAAUCUGGAAAUUCUUAAUCUGUUCAACAACCACAUUACGGAACUUCCCAUAUCCUUAUCUCAAAUGCCUAAACUUAGAAUUCUCAAUGUUGGAAUGAAUAGACUGGAUGUACUACCACGCGGUUUUGGAGCAUUUCCUGUUCUAGAGGUUCUGGACCUCACAUACAAUAAUCUUUGUGAAAAAAAUUUGCCUGGAAAUUUUUUUAUGAUGGAAACUUUGAGGGCUUUAUAUUUGGCUGAUAAUGAUUUCGAGUACCUACCUCCUGAGAUUGGUCAACUUAAAAAUUUACAAAUUCUUGUCUUGAGAGAAAAUGAUUUGAUUGAAUUACCCAAAGAGAUCGGAGAACUCAGUCGUCUGCGUGAACUUCAUAUUCAAGGAAAUCGAUUGACCGUGCUUCCGCCAGAGAUAGGGAAUUUGGAUUUAGUAAGUAAUAAGGCCGUCUUUCGGAUGGAAUUCAAUCCUUGGGUUACGCCGAUUGGAGACCAAUUACAAGUUGGUAUAUCUCACGUAAUGGAUUACAUCCGUUCCGAAACUUAUAGAUACGUAUACAACAGACAUCUUGGUGCUAAGGGACCACCGCCACCAAUUGAAAACGACAAGAGCAAGAAAAUUUCACGAGCUCGUUAAUGAAAAGCAGUGCACUGACAAUUUCAAUAAGUUAGUCUAAUACGUAAUGCCAAUGACUAAUAAUACUUUAACAUUUACUUUACACUGCCGUUGUUUGUAUAAUUAUACUGAUCUGAAGAAUUUAACUAGUGAACAGAAUGGUGUGCCUUAUGUGUUUUAUCAACACAGCUUUAUAUCUUCUUGUUAACCAUGUCCUAAUAUCUAUUAAUAACAAAUACCGAGCUUGUACUUUUAUAUUGCUUGAUGCUUUGUAAUGUUAUAUGCGAAAACUUAUAUGUAGAAUUAAUAUUUUUAAGAAUGUUUACUUGCACUUAUUUAUCAUUGACGGGAUCUAUUACCCAUCAUACUGACACGAAUAGAGAUAUAUUCUAUGUAUAACCAA